UUCGCCCCCCAGGACAUGCGCCAGAUCCUCAAGGAGGAGCCCGUGCCUCGCGCCUGGCCGCAGCCUGCCCUCGCCGAUAACGGAACUGUCGGGGUUGGCAGGGCGCAUUUUGAGAAGCAACCCCCGAGCAACCUGAGGAAGAGCAACUUCUUCCACUUCGUGAUCGCCCUUUACGAUCGGGCCGGCCAGCCCAUCGAGAUCGAGAGGACGGCCUUUAUCGGCUUCGUCGAGAAAGACCAGGAGUCCGAGGGCCAGAAGACCAACAAUGGCAUUCAGUACCGACUGCAGCUACUCUACGCGAAUGGCGUCAGGCAGGAGCAGGACAUCUUCGUCAGGCUGAUCGACUCGGUGACAAAGCAGGCCAUCAUGUACGAGGGCCAGGACAAGAACCCCGAGAUGUGCAGGGUCCUGCUGACCCACGAGGUGAUGUGCAGUCGUUGCUGCGACAAGAAAAGCUGCGGCAACAGGAACGAGACGCCCAGCGAUCCUGUUAUCAUCGACCGGUUCUUCCUAAAGUUCUUCCUGAAGUGCAAUCAGAACUGCCUGAAGAACGCCGGCAACCCGCGGGACAUGAGGCGAUUCCAGGUGAUCAUCUCCACCCAGGUCGGCGUGGAGGGCCCACUGUUGGCGGUCUCGGACAACAUGUUCGUCCACAACAACAGCAAGCACGGACGAAGAGCGAAGAGGCUAGACCCCAGCGACCCUGGCGAGUACAACAGUCUCUACUCACCACUUCCUGUGGCGACUCCCUGCAUUAAGGCGAUAUCCCCGAGCGAGGGGUGGACGUCGGGCGGGUCGACCGUCAUCAUCAUCGGGGACAACUUCUUCGACGGCCUCCAGGUGGUCUUCGGCACGAUGUUGGUCUGGAGCGAGCUGAUAACAGCGCACGCAAUAAGGGUGCAAACGCCCCCGCGACAGAUACCGGGGGUGGUGGAGGUGACGCUCUCGUACAAAAGCAAGCAGUUCUGCAAAGGCGCGCCAGGCAGAUUCGUCUACGUCUCGCUGAACGAGCCGACGAUCGACUACGGGUUCCAGAGGCUCCAGAAGCUGAUACCGCGCCACCCGGGUGACCCGGAGAAGCUGCCGAAGGAGAUCAUCCUGAAAAGGGCGGCGGACUUGGCGGAGGCGCUCUACAGCAUGCCGAGGAGCGGGAACGCCGGCAUUUCCGGCGGCCCCAGGAGUCCGGGGACCGGACAUCCGCCGGCGCCCCCGACUUCCGGGGCGGCUACCGCCUUCAACUCCUACACCGGCCAGUUGGCAGUGACGGUGCAGGAGAAUGGCAGCGCUGCCAAGUGGACGGACGACGGGGGCGCCGUGACCGCGGGGGCGCCCGCGGGCGCCGGGGCCGGGGGCAGCGUCGGGGGCAGCGCCGACGCCUACCGGCAGAGCGGAAGUGCGAGCCCGAGGGGCGUCGUGACCGGGGGCGGCUACUGCGGGAGUUCCGCGAGCACCCCCCACAGCCACAGCACCAGCGGGAGCUACUCCGUCGCCAACCCCUACACCGGGAGUCCGACCCUCUACACCUCGCGGCUAGGGGACAUGAUGGGAUCGCCGUUCAACAUGAAUCCGUUUAUGUUGCCGACCUGCAGCCAGAGCUACUCGGCCACCGGAAGUCCGUUGCUCUCCUCGACAGGGAAAUAGCACGAGAUGUAGGCUUCCGGAAGAGGAAGUGACCCUCGAGCCCAGAAGACUUCUUCAGCGACCAGAGAAAGAUCUCUGCGAGGUGUCGGCGUUCCUGAAAUUGAGAAUUUCAAUGAAAAUCCCUAGCCCAAGUCCUCCGACUAUCUCUCUCUCUCUCUUUCUCUCUCUUCUUUCCCCCAGUUCCGGGGGGCCCAAUCCACCGGAACUGGGGGAAAGAAAUCCCGGCAAGCGUUCCUAAGGAACGCCCAUGUAAAUUAGUACAUCUCUUGAGAGACAUUGAAAAAUUAAAAAAUUAACCGUCAUCAGGCCGGACGGAAGUUAAGCGCAAAUUCGAGAUACGGAAUUAUACAUAUCGAGUCGCGUUUGCGAGGGGGAUUUGCAUAUAUCGGCACAGUUUUAUCGAACGAGGCCCUGAGUGCGAUCGGGUGAAUCGAUUAGCAUUUCAGUAUCCAAAUGAUUGAUUCUCCUAUUUUUUUUUUUUUUUUCUUGGUUACUUUUCUUUCGGGCACAUUCGGGCUGAGGUUGCAUGGAGAGCGUGUAAUUGUACAUUUCGAAUUGUUGAUAGGGAGUAUCGGGUCGAAGGGUCCUCCCUUUUUUGUUCAUCCGAAGGGGAGAACUCUUCGAUGGAUACUCUUCGAGUUUGAGCCGGAGUUUUUUAUUUGGGGCGGGGGGGUGAAGAUUUUGGAGGGUUUUUUAUCUCCCGGAUAUCACGGGCAAGGAAGGGUCGAUCGAGGGAGGAUCCACUAGACGGACAUAUCGCUUAUAAACGAAUAAUACAGACUCCAUAGUUUUAGAGAGAGGAUUUUUCGAUUUCGAAAUUUUAACUUCCUACCCUACCCUGUAAGAGACUAAUAUCGGAUAGGUAGAGAGUAACGUGUGACUUGUAUGAUACCUGUAAAUAUCGUUGCGAUGUACAAAAAUAACUAUUUCCAAGAGCCCAACGAAACGAUGUAGCGCAAUUGUAGAGCUAAUGUUAUUAUAAAUAGAUGUAAAUAAUCUUAGCACACCUGUAGACUACCACCUAUAGACGCGAUGCGAAUGGGUCGAGCUUUCCGACCCGGAAGAAGGAUUCCAAGAGUCGCCGUUUUCCCGGCUCGAAUUUUCCAAUUUGUCCCCGAAAAGGGGCUUCCGCGUGUCGCAAAGUUCGACCCGGUCGUAUGCGUGGGGAAAAGUAUAGUUAUAAUUUCGAUCGUUUCGUAAGCCGACCCGAGGGAAUUCUGACAUUUCACAAAAGUAUACGAAAACCGAAAUAUCUCCCGAGGGAAAUCCGGAUGUUCUCUGGACAAGGUCUGCGUCUCUGAGAAAUGAUUCCACGUCAUGACUAAGCCCGGACGAAUUUUGAUAUCGAUCUUCGAGAUACCGGUCAAAUUGUUCAUCCAAAUAUCCAGGCAGCUCGCGAGUCCCAAAAAGGUACUUCUUAUUCGCGAAAAUAAGUACCUCGAGACUUGCGGGCUUCCCUGCAAAAGCCUUGGAAGCUUUCGUUCACCGACGGAUUUCGAUGAUUUCGCGCCAUUGUAUCUCGAUAUGAGAAACUUCUUCCACCUCACUACC